CCAAUUGACUUUGCCACUGCACUGGCAAUUAGAAGAGAACAUCCUCCAUGAUAGAUCUGUUGAAAAUCAUGUAAAGAUAAAAUUGAGCAAGGGUUUGAAAUGCCCUUUAUCUCCAUGCCAAAGUAUUCUCAGUGAGAAUCUUUUUCCUGAUCCAAAAUGGGGAGAAUCUCCUCCUCCUUUGGAGUUUUCAACAGAAGCAUCAUUCCAGGUUUUUGUCCAGGAUGUUGAAGUAGUACUGAAAGAACAACUUAAAGAGUUACCAUAUAACACUGUUGGAAAUUUUCUGAAGUUCUAUGAGGACUUCAAGCAGCAGGAUACACUGUCUCUUCUGCCAUUUUUUGUCCAGUACAAACCUAAAAUUGUGCCAGGAAGUUUAACUUGUGUUGGCCUGAGUUUUUCUUUAAUUUCUUCUAUUCUUGUGUCUCACAUUGGUAAAGUUUUUCCUGAAAUGAAAUCCAUUUUAUUUUUAGCAUCCUGUGAAGAAAUGAUUACAGAGUUCAAUUUUAUUGAUUUUUCUUAUCUUCCUAAAACUGAUAAGGGUUUGAAAGAGCAUGUUCUCGUUGCUGUCAAAAUUAAACUUAAAAAUCGUGAUGGGGUAAUAGUUCUUGACCCUGGAUAUCAUGUUGGUAUUCCAGUCAUUGUAAUGGCUGAUGAGCAAUAUCCACAUACUGGGUGGUUUGUUCAGAGUGAAACCAAAAAAUCCCGGAAAGAGUAUUGUUAUACCUUGCACCAAAAUCUGAAGUAUGUUAAUUGGACAGUUCGAGAAACACGCAGUGGUAAAACAACGGUGUGGGGGAACCUUAUUUAUGUUGGCUCUAAAUAUCUUGCUCAUGUUAGUGUAUCAGAGAAACGAAAUCUGGUAUACAAUUUCCGCACCCUUGUAGUCAGGGAUGGUAAUCAACCAGUUGCAGGUUUGUAUUGUGUACUGGGAGGUAAUGCUAGAUGCACAAUCUUUUAUAGGGACAUGUUAGGAGAACGAGCUGAAUGUAAAAUUCCCUUGGGAUAUUUCAUAUCUUCCCAGUUAAAUUUGGAAUAUGAGCAUGCUCUUGAUGCUUGUACAGACCAGCUUAAGUGUAACAUCAGUUACUUGAAAACAUUGCUGAAAAAAGUAGCAGAGGCAAACCUGGAUGAUGAUUUUAUGCCAAUUGUAUUGCAGAUAAAUAGUAAGCUUGAAGAAUAAUUUUUUUAUUUCCAGUAGAAAGUUCAUUACAUGUUUGUUGUAUGUAUUGGUGUAAGAAAGUUUGCUUAUCCCACAUUACUCAUAUUUCAGGUUAUUUUGUUUUCAACUUUGAAUAUUUUUUUAAAUCCCUGUCAUCAAAUAAAUUUCUGUAUUUUUUUUAGGGUCAAUAAAGUCAGUCUUCUCUCCUCUCUCUCUUAUUAGUGUAAGGCAUAACAAGAGAAUGCCAAUGUUUGUUUCAAAUUUCAAAAGUGUCUCCGGUUUUUUCUCUCUCCUCCAUAUAUCUCA